AUGGAACUGAAGGGCAAGCCACUGAACUCGACCAGCGUCAUCCUCUCCUGGACACCGACACUCCUGCCACACGUUCGCCACUACCACCUUAUUUAUCAACUGCUCGCUGACGACAGCCACAGGGGCCACAGAAACAAAAACGUUAACGCCGUCAGAGAUGGCACAAAAUCCAUUAACAACAACAACUUGCAAACAACAACAUUCAAAACGAUCAGAUUACCGUUGAAGACAACAUCUUUCGUUUUGUCGGGUUUACAAAAGUGGGCGAUGUACCGAGUAUUCGUUGAAUCGGUCCUCAGUGACGAUUCGUCUGUCGCCGAACGGUCAAAUCACAUCGAUGUCAGGACUGAUGAAGAUGUGCCCAGCGAACCACGCAGCAUGAAAAUUGAUGACGUAACAGACACGUCAGUCAGGAUCAGCUGGUUGCCGCCAAGGAAUGCAAACGGCGUCAUCAGAGGUUACUACGUCUACAUCGUCAGGAUUGAUGACGAUGAUGAUGGUAACGAUGGUGGUGGUGGUGGACGCAACAAAGGCGACGAGUACAAUGAUGACGAUAAUGAUGAGUACGAUGAUGAAGAAGAUGAAGAAGAUGUUGAUUACGAAGCGCGUUUGUCAUCACGUGAUAGUCAACGGAAAUCAUCUAAUGGUCACAAAAUUGGAGACAACAACAACAACAACAACAACAACAACAAGAGCAACACCAACAGAAACAACAAAAACAUUCGCGGACGAAAUCGAAGGCACAGUUCAUUGCAUGAAAAGUUGCAUCAGCGGGGAAACUGGAGUCGCCAUUUUGGUGGCAAUAUUGUUUUCAACGACAACGUUUUUAUAGACACGAACCCCAUCCAUCAAAUGUCCAACAACAUCAACAACAUCUACAACAUCAACCACAACAACCACCACCACAACAGCCACAACAACAACAACUACUACUACAACCACAUUGAUCACAAAAAUCACAACAACGACAACUUCAACAUCCUCACCUACGACAUCAACAAUGACGGCACUACUCACAAGUCUAACGGACGCUUCAGACGCUUAAUGGAAAACGUCAACAACAACAACAACAACAACAUCAAUAAUAACAACAACAGGAUCAACAAAUUGCACAACAACCGUAACAAAAACCACAACAACAUCGACAGCAACGUGAAGAACAUGAAGUACAACAUAUUCGUCACAAAAGAAGAUGACCACAUAACCAAGGUAGAUGUACGGAACGACACCACAACUUCAGUCGUCAUACAUGAACUCAGCCCGAGCAGCAAGUACUCCGUCAGAAUGCUGGCCUAUACCAUUAAGGGUGACGGUGCUGAUACCAAGCCUAAAACAUUCAAGACACUUACCGAUAAAUGUGCGCUGGUUAAUCUGAUGUCUUUCAUUUUUGUCAGUUUCGUUGAUGAUGACAGUGUUGAUGAGGAUGACGAUGUUAGUGAUGAGAAUGAUGCGAUGACGACCGAUAGUACGGAGUUAAUGCUAGGAAUGCAGCCUGGCAGAGCAAUCAUAAAAAGAACUACCGCUAAAGGACAGGAGCGACAACAACGACGGCAACAACCUGUCGAAGAUGAAGAACUUUAUUUUUACGAUGACACCUUCAUGAUGGCAAUUUUCCGUGUCAAUGCCAAGUGA